AUUGAUAGAAGGUGGUGUACUUUGUUUUCGUAAAAGUUAGGAUUGUCUCUGAAGUCUGAGUGUGGAGUAUGCCACCCACCACCGAAGGUCCAACCGAGGUCGCUUUAAUUCCGCGUGCUCAUCGCUUUUCUCGCCCAAAUUUACAAACAAUUUCCCCAAUAUAGAUUCCAUACUAGCAUCCAACUUUCAGGUUCUGGGUUUUCUGUGACUACCCGCAAAGAUCAUAGCUUUUUCCCUCUUCCUCUCCUUCACUUACUAACUCUUUAGGUGAAUCCUACAAGGACAUUAUAAUUUUGGGUAUAGAAGAGAGAGGGUACUGGUUCGCAGAGGCACUAUUACUUCUGCGAGCAUAGCGUCCCCUCUCAUUCCUUUUAUAUCCACAUCUGUUUAUUGCCCCAAGUAUUUCUUUCCUACCCCAUAGCCUCGGCACAUUUGUUUUUUGUGGAUGUGAGUGGGGAAUCACGGUGGAGGGUUUUAAGUGAAAGGAAGAGGUCGAGACUGGCAUCAUGGGUUCUGUUUGUUGCUGUUUGCGGGUUGAGGAUUUUGACGAUUAUGUAAAUCCCAACAGUUCCAUAUAUAGGAACUGUAUGUGCCUCAGUUGCUUUGUUCAGAACUUCUUAAAUGUGUAUACGUCAUUAUUUCGAAGAGGGGAAGUGAAUUCCAUCCCAUCAUCCAUUCAGGGGGCGGCUUCUUUGAGUUCCACUACAUCCCUUGAUGACUCUUUAUCUGACAUGUAUCGUUCUCCUCCAAGGCCCUUGCCUUAUGAUGUGGACCCGAGGAAUUUCCGCUUGCAGCGGGAUGGGCUUGUUUCAAGACGCGAGAAGGGUUCAAGUCAUUCACAUGAGGAGUCAGAACCUCUAAGAAGUGAUACUGAUGGGGAUUCAGAAUCUUUGAUUACCAGAGACAAGUGGAAUGAGUCAGAUGAUGGAUCAAAAGAACAGCGCCCCAGGUCCUCAGUGAAGCAUUCGAUGGCAAAAACAACAAUGGGACAUGGGUUUAUUUAUUCAUCGUCAGAAGAUGAGGAUGUCUGUCCAACAUGUCUUGAAGAAUAUACUCCAGAAAAUCCCAAGAUAAUGACGAAAUGCUCUCACCAUUUUCACCUUGGUUGUAUAUAUGAAUGGAUGGAGAGAAGUGAAACAUGUCCAGUCUGUGGCAAGGUUAUGAUGUUCGAUGAAACGACUUGAUCUUUACUUGAAAGGUUCUCGUCGUGGAUGAAGCCAGCAACAAACAGGAAAAGAAAAGAGAAAAAGGAAAAAGAGAAAGUGUAGAGUCAUUGUGAAUACCACAGGUUAAAGUGUGUUAUCUGAAAGUAAAUAUGAAAAUUUGGUUUGCUUAACCAUCAGGCAAUUAUAUUCUCCAACUUCCUAGGUUUUCUUCUCAUCUGUUGCAUUCGAAUUGAAAAACUUUCUGGGUAUUGUUUCCUAAAAGAGCCUCAAAACGCUGGAAAGGGAAGUUUCAAUGGAAUGAAGAAACAUCAUCCCAUAUGGAGUAAA